AUGGUUUCGUCAUCGCCGCGGGCGCAGGCGCGGUCGCAACAUGACGUUGACCCAGAAAGAAUAAAGGCUUAUUCGGAGCAACUUCGUCAACGCAAAGAAGCUGAAGAGAGGAUUGCAGCGCAGAAUGAGUUCCUCCGAACUUCUCUUCGUGGCUCGCACAAGCUGCAGGCGCUGGAGUCCACGCCGCCUUCUUCGGGCACCGCGUUCGUCAACGAUGCGUAUGAAGAAGACAUCAGUGAGGAGGCUUCGCCACUUUAUACUAUUGUCGACUAUGAGGACGUCAUAGCGGCGCUUGCCCGCCUGCAGUCCGCACUGACGUCCGGUGGGGCGGGAGGGGCGGCGCGGGCGGUGGCCGCCGCGGCUGCGCUACUCGCGGGCACGAGCGGGCCGCUGCGUGCAACUCUGCGUACACGUGCCGCUGUGCUGCGGGUGCGCCCGCUACCACCGCCCGUUAGCCGUGCGGCCGAUAGGCUCAGAGACUGCAUAGACACGCUGGGACCAUUAGCGUCAUCGGGUAGCGAGAGUUCAGCGCUGGCCGCUGAGCUGCUUUCACUGCUUGGGGGAUUGGAGCUGGAGAGCCUCAUACAGGCGCACGACCAGGCUGCAGCGUUAUUAGACCCCGCCUGCUUCUCUCGGGGGAAGAGAUAUAAGACUGGAAACGCGAAUCACAAAGGCGAGAACGACAAAGCGGUGUCUACAUCGCCGGACAGCGGGAGCGAUCAGAUCAAGAUCAUUAAGAUCGAGAAGACCAACGAGCCACUGGGUGCUACGGUUAGAAAUGAGGGUGAAGCAGUAAUAAUCGGCAGGAUAGUCAGAGGUGGAGCGGCGGAAAAAUCUGGCUUACUCCAUGAAGGUGACGAGCUGCUGGAGGUGAACGGCGUGAGCAUGCGCGGCAAGUCUGUGCACGAGGUGUGCCAGGUGCUGGGCGCACUGGCCGGCACGCUCACCGUGGUGCUGGCGGCACCGCGCGCGCGCCCGCCGCCGCCGCGCGCGCCGCACCGCGUGCUGCACGUGCGCGCGCACUUUGACUACGACCCCGAGGACGACGUCUACAUACCCUGCCGCGAGCUCGGUAUUAGUUUUCAAAAAGGCGACGUGCUGCACGUAAUAAGUCGAGACGAUCCGAACUGGUGGCAGGCGUUCCGUGAAGGCGAGGAGGACCAGUCGUUAGCGGGACUAAUUCCUAGUCAGGCGUUCCAACAUCAACGGGAAUCGAUGAAGCUCACACUAGCAGGCGAAGUUGCCGCUCGGGACAAACCACGCAAAGGCGGUACGUUGCUAUGCGCGAAAAAGCCUCCAAGGAAAAAGAAGGGCAAAAAGGCAACGAGUGAGGCUGGCUACCCGUUAUAUUCUACCUCAGGAGCAGAUGACUACGAGCAGGAAGAGAUCCUAACGUACGAAGAAGUAGCAUUAUACUAUCCUCGUGCGUCACACAAACGUCCCAUAGUUCUAAUCGGGCCGCCCAAUAUCGGCCGACACGAAUUAAGGCAGCGAUUGAUGGAGGACAGCUCGAGAUUCGCUGCGGCUGUUCCCCACACGUCCCGACCGCGAAAAGAUCACGAAGUGCCCGGUCAGGACUACCACUUCAUAUCGCGCACGCAGUUUGAGGCUGACAUACUUAACAGAAAGUUUGUGGAGCACGGGGAAUACGAAAAAGCAUAUUAUGGAACAUCCCUUGAAGCGAUCCGGGAGGUUGUGAACUCUGGCAAGAUUUGUGUAUUGAACUUACAUCCGCAAUCGUUGCGGAUCCUGCGCAACUCGGACCUGAAGCCGUACACGGUGUUCGUGGCGCCGCCAAGCUUAGAGAAGCUGAGGCAGAAAAAGAUACGCAAUGGCGAGGCUUUUAAGGAGGAGGAACUAAAAGAAAUAAUAGCGACAGCCAGAGAUAUGGAACUCCGAUGGGGCCACUUGUUCGAUAUGAUUAUAAUAAACAACGAUACACAACGUGCCUACCAACAGCUUCUAAACGAAAUCAACAGUUUAGAAAGGGAGCCCCAAUGGGUCCCCGCGCAUUGGUUGAAACAGACCUAG